CAGCAGGAUUCAACAGCGGCUGACUGUGGCCUCAUGCAGGAGGACAGCUACGCGGUGUCCUUGUCCAUCUACCUACACCACAAUGAAUUUGUGGAGAUCGAACGAUAGAACGGUAGAACACAUUCCAGCGGCUGUGCACUGGUGAGGUGGACUAUAGAGAGUCAACAGGAAUCAACAGCGGCAGUACUACGCCCUGAUGCUGAAGGAAGACAGCGAUGCUGCACUGCUGAGGAUCUUCGAAUGUUUCUUAGAGGCUGCGCCGCAACUGGUGCUGCAAGUUAGCUUGCUGCUGCGAGGGGACUAUCAGUUCACUGGUGAGGACUGUAGACUAGUAGGACACUUUCCAGCGGCUGUACACUGGUGAAGUGAGCUAUAGAGAGCCAGCAGGACUCAUCUAGCGUCUGACUGCGGCCUGCUGAAGGAAGACAGCGAUGCUGCACUGCUGCGGA